AUGGCGGGCCUGAUGUUAAACGCAAGCAAGCUCUUUUCAUCAGAGGGCGACAACUUGGUUCAGGACACAGACUUGUAUGAUCAGGACAACUAUGCCGUCCCAGAUCCUGGGGUGCUCUCAGAAAAGAAUGACUUGGGUCUGAAGGAGGCACCACAGGACCUACAGCUCUUUACAAAUUCCCAGAGGUGGCGGAAAAUGACACUGCAUUCCCGUGCCCGGCAGCUGUGGCUAUACCUGCGUGCAUACCUCCAUGACAUUGUGGAAAAGGAGAAAAGAGCAGAGCUGCGGGUCACCCGAAUGACACAUGGGCUGGAGCCGCUGCGUCGUCUGGACGUGGCAGCUGGACUGCGCUCAGUAGCGCAGGACCCAGUGGGUGGACGCUUCCUGAUACUAGAUGGUGCAGGUUACCUGCAUCAGCAUACCAAGGAUGGCUGGGCGCAGGCAAAACUGGAGGCUCCAGUGGUGCUGAAUGGGCUAGUGACUGUGCCUGGCCCUCUGGGAGAAGUGGGCCGCUUUGUAGGCUGGGGCCCAGCUGGGCUGACCAUAUUAGGGCAAGACUUCCGCCCGCUCUGGGUGAGCAAGACACUGAAGGAGGAGCUUCUUUGUUGCUUACCAGUGCCCAGCCAGGGACUGUUGCUUGUGGCCCACGUGGGAGGCAGCGUGGAGCUUUGGAAGUUCCGUUCAGGUGGUCGCCGCCUGGUGUCCUGUGGCUCACCUUUGCAACCACCGCCAGGCUUGUCCGGCUCUCUCAAGCGGCUGGCUCUAGGGCCGGAAGCUGACCACUGCACCCGGCAUUGUUUCGCCGCCUAUGGCUCGGCGGUGCUCACUUUUGAUCUGGACUCCUGGACUCUAGUUAAUGUGUGCCAGGAUCUGCAUAAAACCAUCAUCUCAGACUUGGAGUACUGUGAGGAGGUGAAAGCCAUGGUGACAGCUUCCCGGGACAGUACCGUGAAGGUGUGGGAGGCUGACUGGCAGAUCCGCAUGGUAUUCGUGGGCCACACAGGCCCAGUGACGGCUAUGACAGUGAUCCGGAACAGCUCACUGGUAGUGUCUGCCUCACAGGAUGGGACGCUUCGCACAUGGGACCUGAGGGCCGCAGCUCAGGUGGGAGAGGUACCGCUGGGUUGCUGGAACCAAGACAUAUUCUCUGAGAGAGUGAGCCAUUUGCUAGCUCCUGCAGGUCCUGGCUGGCCGAUGCUCUCUCUGUGCUCCAAGAGCGUGGAGCUGUGGCGUGUGUGUAACAUCUAUUUGCCAUUAGCACAGCUAUCAGCGCCGGUGCUCCAUGUACAGGUGGCGCCCGCGCUCCCGGCACCAGUGGAGCCGGCUCUGCCCUCUCGCCUUGUUUGCGCCUGUGCGGAUGGGUCAGUCUACCUGGUGUCAGCUACUACAGGACGAACUGUGAGUUCACUGCUGCUGGAAGCGGAGGACUGUGCAGUUGGGGUGGUUUAUUGUUUGUCUCGAGAAGCGCUGUGGGUGUUGACGCGCUCAGGACACCUCGUGCGCGCCAAUGCAGCACGCUGCCCUAUGGUUGUAACACACCGCCGGAGUCCACUUCCACCUCCAGCCCCGCAGCCCUGCUGCCUACACCUCUACAGCCAUCUCACAGACCCCCGUAGCGCAUAUGCUUGCUGGCAGAUUGUGCACCAGAAUCAGGGCGACAUGCUCCGCAGUGCCAUUGCCUGGGCCUGGAAAAAUAAGAACAGGUUCUUACCAAUGAUGGGGUACUCAGACGGCACGCUGUCUGUACUGGAUUGGCGCACAUCACAGAUAAUCUUUUCUACAGAAGCACACAUGCCAGGUCCAGUGACUGCUAUUGGGUCCACCUGGAAUAGCAUAGUGACUUCAGGUGGCGACCUGACAGUAAAGAUGUGGCGUGUAUUCCCAUAUGCGGAGGAGUGUCUGAGUCUGCUACAUACCUUUAACUGUUGCCACCCGGCAGUAAUGCUUUGUACUCUGGGCAAGCGCAUCAUGGUAGGAUUUGAGGACCCGGAGAGCGCCACCUAUGGCCUGGUGCAGUUUGGCCUAGGUGACAAAAUGCGCUAUGACCACCGGCCACAGGACGACCCUAUGGACCACAUCACUGGCCUGUGCUGCUGCCCCACCCUCAAGCUAUAUGCCUGCUCCAGCCUGGACUGCACCAUCCGAAUCUGGACCUGGGAGAACCGCCUGCUACGGCUCCUGCAGCUGGAUGGUGCCCCCCAGGGCCUGGCCUUCUCCAACAACAGUGGAGACCUGGUACUCGCACUAGGUUCCCGCCUCUGCCUGGUGUCCCAUGAGCUCUACCUACCUACAUCCUAUCUGGUUAAGAAAUUCUGUCAGAGGGCCCCUGAAGUGGUGAAUGACCCUCCGCUGCCACUCACUGGCUGGAAGUCACUGACAUCCUCCCACCUGCAAAGGCUUGCCAGUCUACAAGGAGCAGCCAACCUCAGUGUGCCCUCGCCCUUCACCCAACAGCAGACAGCAAUGCGUCAGCAGCCAGUGUUAGAGGAGGACUUGAAGGAUAUCAUAGCCCGGGAUAAAGACCUUCAACAACUGAGACAAGGAACGGCGUUCCCAGCAGCUCGGCCCCAACUUUCCUGGAAGCUGCGCCAGGAAGCCUUUGACAACUACUUACAUCUGAUCUAUGGUUGUGACCUGCUGGACAUCAAAUCUGGAAGGGAAUCUCUGCAGUGGAGUGCUGCCGGCCCCACCACAGAGUCCCAGGACUCGGGGAUCCAGCCCAUAGCUGCCACCAGUGGUGGGCAGGUUACAUUUAGUGAAGAUGUUCAGCUAGUGGGCCCACCUUCAGCCCUCCAAACCCCAGGAGCCCCAGGCAGGCGCUUUGCCCGCCCUCCCCGAGUCUCCUUGCCUAUUCCACCCAUUCACCGGGUGGUGCAUAGCCAGGCAUCGCAGCUUCUAGCACGUUCCUCCCUGAGCGAUGAGCUGGGCCUUAGUUUGGAUCUGCAGGUGCAAUGUGAUCAGUUUGGAGGAGAGAUCACGGACCUGAGCACAUCACCUUACUACCUGAAGCAGAGGGUUCCCCUGUUGCGGCACAGAAGGCCCCAAGGGCCUCUCUCAAAUGUAGGGGGCUUCUUUCCUGCCACCAUAGGGCCCCACAAGCAACGCACUCAGUCCAUCCAUUUUCCUGGCUGUGUGCCCAACUCUGUGAUACUGCAGCAGAUGUGGUUGCAUGCAGAGGUCAGCCGCCUUGGCUCCCUAGCAGAACUCUCUACCCCGAGCCAACUCAAGGCAAGUAGUCGGGGUGACCAGUGGCUAAAGCGUCGAAAGCAUUCCACUGGCAGGUGGCGAAAGAAACUGAUGUACUGGCUUUAUAGGUCACGUAAGAAAGGGGAAGACGACAGUGACGAGGAGGAGGAGGAGGACGACGAGCUGGAGCUUGAAUGGGUCUCCUCUUCCCCAACUUCUGACGAGCAGCCAGAACCCUGGGAACCAGACACUCAAGUCUCCAAGAGCUUGGUCAAAAAACCUCACCGGGAAGUCUCCAAGUCCAAGACUCAGUUGGCUCUCCGCCAUCAUCACAGUGGGCGCUCACUCUGGGAAGAGCGCUAUGGGCAUUUGCCCAGGUUCCUCCAUUAUUUUGUUGUCCAGAACUGGUUCAAAAAGCUGUUCCCUAUCUUCACCCUGGAGGCCUAUCCAGAGAUGGGCACCAUAGAGGGCUUGGCCUCGAUGUUUGUGGACUUCCUGCCACAGGCUUCCUGGGCAGAACGAGUGAGUAUUCUAAAUGCCCUGAUGAGGCUGUUUCCUGAUAUAAGCAAUGAACUUCGCAGCCGGCUGCAGGCCAAGCUCUUGUACUUGCUCAACCAAGACCAGCCCCCUAGCCUCCUGGACAAGACGCAGAAGCAGUUUGUGAUGAUGGCGCUGCAGUUGCUCCUGGCCUGCAGCCUGGAGAGCCUUGAUGUGGUGUUGGAGAUCAUGUCCUUCUACCUCUAUGCUCCAGAAGACUGUCAGCAAGACCUCAAGAGUCUGCUGGCUAGGCUGGGCCUCCAGGACACACAGGGCAUCCUGUUCAAGAAGAUGACAGCCUGGGCUGAGAACUUCAACCUUGAGUCCAAGGCCACGAUACGUACACAAUGUCAUCAGAAGCUUGAGGAAAUUAUUCUCCAGAUGAAUAACUUGGAGCAGUCUAUAGCCAGUGUUUCUGUGGAGCCUCCCAGGGAUGUCUCCUCACAAGCCUCCCUUAUCUCUGGGGCACCCUGGCCUGCCUUGAGCACCUCUUGGAUACCCUCACGAGCAUCAGAACUGUCCUUGCGUAUUCAAGAGCUGAUGGUGCCUUCACCUGUGUCUUCCCUUGUGGGGCCUGUGGUAUCCACCCAAGAACUCCAGGCUGCAAGCACAAAGGUAUAUUCACACACCCGGCCAACCAAAAGAGUACUUGCCGAUGUACUGCUCUCCCUCACGUCUGAAGACCACUUGUGUGUCCCUGUGCCUUCUGCACUAAGAAGGGGGCCAUCGCCAUUGGAGGAAACACCACUACUGGAAGAAAAACCGCAACUGUUAGAAACAGAAUGGUCACGCUUUCAGAUAGUGGACCUGUUUCACAUUGAUGUGCUUAAUUUCUUCUGUGAGAAGCACCGGACACAGCAGCAGAGCUUGAUGGAGGAGGAGCACUUACAUGUCUCACCUCUAGGCCAGAUGGGGCCCAAUAUUGUGGUGCGGCCGCCCCGGGAACCCUGGCUCUAUCCCAUUCUUCGGCUGCAGGAGACCAAGGAACAAAGCUUUGGGAGGCUUCUCAGGGGCCACAGGCUGUACCGCCAGGGCCCAGCUCUUGAUGGCUCCCUCCGGGUGCUGAAGCUCCCCCUGCCACGAGUGGAGUUGCAGCCAUUUCCCCCGGGCUGGCCUGCACCCCCACGGGCUUUGCCCCCACUGCUCCUGCAGCCCACUCUGCAACGCUACUUUCUGCUCGAAGACACAAACCCAGACACCUAUAGUUGA